GCGCAGUUCUCAUUUUUUUCCCCGAUUAUUUUUGCGGUUGAUUUUAAUUUUCAGCCACGAGGUCGUUGACAGCUGCGAGUAUCAGAGUCGCCGCUAACCGAUCGAGCUCGAGAGAGGGAUUGGGCAUUGAUUUCGCGGCGUUCCGUUUGGUGGCUUUCGUCGGUGCCUCUUCGCGAUCUCUCGUUCGGCCUCGUCGUUUAGCGCGAUUAGUGCAAGUAGUGUAAGUGAGGUCAGUGCCGACGGAAGGACGGACGGACGGCUGCGAGCGACAGUCACGAUCAGUCCAGACGUCGAAUCAGUGCGGUCGCGAGCACCCGAGCACACGACAACCCCGGUGUUUCCAUUCGCGAGACAUGCCACUGCAUCAAGAAUCGCGAUAACAUGGCAUCGGUCGACGAGUCGUUGGAGUUUCGUUCGAAACAUGCUGCCGACAAACUCGAAUGGACCCCGCUGUCUCUGACAUUCGUGGAGUACCCGGAAGGAGAUUUCUUCGGGGAGCUUUUGGCUGUAUUGAGUCUAGCGCCGUUUAUAAUCAUAAUUGGUUUCGUCACAUUGAUACUUUUUAGAAGAGAUUUACAUACUAUUACAUUUUUUAGCGGCGCUCUUAUCAAUUACUUAAUAAAUUUUGUAUUAAAACAUACGAUUCGUCAGUCGAGACCGAUGAAGAGAGAUGGCCUGUAUAACGAAUACGGCAUGCCAUCUACACAUGCACAAUUUAUAUCGUUCUUCGCUGUAUACGCAACACUUUUUAUAUAUUUUAGGUUGAAUUAUAAUUGUACGAUAUUCGAAAAGUUUUGGCGGACAAUAGUAGCAAUAGGAUGCAUUAUCGUAGCCGUACUGGUCAUUUACGGCAGAGUGUAUUUGCUGUACCACUCCACCAUUCAAGUAUUCUGUGGUGCGUUAAUCGGAAUUGUACUGGGAACAGCAUGGUUCGUAAUCACGCAUACGUUUCUGACACCAUUUUUCCAUGUAGUGGUCUCAUGGCGAAUAUCGGAAUACCUGUUGUUGCGCGACACGACGCUAAUUCCUAACGUCCUGUGGUUCGAAUACACGAGUAUCCGUACGGAAGUGCGUGCACGUGCACGAAAGUUGUCGGCGAUAGGCAGAUCGCAUUGACGAUUAGUAGGCUGGCCGAUAAAUUAAAUGGCCGCUAAUAAAUGCCUUGAUAACGAACGACCCAACGUUGAACUAGCAUUCCUUUAUAGCUGACAAGAGUUUGGAAACGGGCGCAAAUACAUCCGUUUGGUACAUGCGAAUCGACAUUCUAUUCCAUUUCCCGAGAUACAUCAAGUGUUAAAGAAUGCCAGUACAAACGUGAAAACGAUUGCGAACUAACCGUCAUUAAUCAUCGUCAUCGUCAGCAUCAUCCAACAUUGUCGUUAUCGCAAUGAUUAUUAUCAAUAUGACGAUAAUUAUUAAUAUUAGGACUAAUAUGAUAACUUUUUAUGUAUUUUUAUUGAAAGAUGAUGUGAUGAUAAUUGAAAGAUGAGAUAACCGAACAUGGCGCAAAUUUGCGUGACUCCUAACUGUCAAAGACACUGCUGCGAAAGACAGAGAUGACAACUCUCGAAUGUAACACUGCAAAAUGUCAGGAUUUUUAGUCCAAAGCCAUCAAGUGCUCGUUUAUGCCGCUCAAUUUCAGAUACUAUCGUACGCUCGACAAAUUAUUUUCUUCGGGAACCACCGUUGAAUAUUCAACAAUACGUUUUGCAUAGUGACUUUAAAGGAGCAUGUAUAUACUACGAGUGUGCUAGAUCCUUCCCUCGUAUAUUCCAGAUACUUAAUCAAAUGGAGAUCGAAAUAUCGGCACGCGUUUACGGCUUCAGUGUUCGGUUAAAUUGAGACUGGUAAUUGUUUUACGUUUUUCUGGAUAUGAACGACGAUUGAUCAAUAAUGAACAGCUGCGAACGGAAGAAAUAAAUCUCCUAGCUUGACAGGUCCAGUUUGCUCGGUGAAUGUGCUACAAUAGUUUAUUACAGCAAUACAAACGUUUCGCAAUAACUCAUUAUAGCACAUUUUCAUUUUCUUUCAUUUUAUCCCAUUUUUCAUAUGCAUGUACAUUACUCGAUUUAUUUCCUAAAGUAUCGAGAGAAAAAUUGACGCGUUCAAUUAUUUUCCGAAUUACUGGAAGUUAUUACAACUAUUAGUUAAAUUAUAAAUCAGCAAGAUUUUAAUAUUAUGUAUACAAUAACAUUUAACGUACGAUACAUAUACUUUUAAGUGUUGAUGCGAAUUCUUCCUCGCAUGCCCGUUGUUGAUUCGUUAAUAUUUAUGAGACUGCCUCAUGUAUCGAAAUGUUACGUUAGUUCCUUUCUUUUCUUCGGAGUUAAAUACGUUUAAUUGUUGUUCCUUUUUAAAAUUUAUCAAAUUCAAUGAUUUUCUGCAGUAGAAAAAGGUGCGAGUCAUAGCAUAAAGAUAACAAUAAUUGUUAGUUUAAAUAGAAGAUAGCGGGCGACAAACGGUAGCGAUGUUGUACAGUUGCAAUUAAUUUUUUUCUGCGGAGGAGAGAGAAAGAUAUAGCAUUUUGUUAAUGGAAUUUAAUAAAGUAGCACAAGAGUGCAGUCGAUCGCUUGAAAAA